UCUAGUGCUUAUUAAUGCAAAGAAAACAGAGGUCAUUGACUUUCUUCGUUUCCUCUUGAGUUUCUCAUCUCAUGAUCGUUGUUCCUUUCGGAAAACAAAAAACAUUACAAUGGCUUCUUCUUCUUCUCAUAACUGGGUUUACGACGUUUUCACAAGCUUCAGCGGGGAAGAUAUCCGUGUAACUUUCCUCACCCACUUUCUCAAGGAGCUUGAUCGAAAAAUGAUUAUUGCUUUCAAAGACAAUGAGAUUGAGAGAGGGAACUCGAUCGGUACCGAGCUUAUACAGGCGAUAAAGGAUUCGAGGAUCGCGGUGGUUGUGUUCUCCAAAAAAUACUCUUCUUCGAGUUGGUGUUUGAAUGAGUUGGUAGAGAUUGUGAAUUGCAAGGAAAUUGUGAUACCAGUUUUCUAUGAUUUAGAUCCUUCUGAUGUUAGGAAACAAGAGGGAGAAUUUGGAGAGUCUUUUAAAGAGACUUGCAAGAACAGAACAGAUUAUGAGAUACAACGUUGGGGCCAAGCGUUGACCAAUGUAGCAAAUAUUGCUGGAUAUCACACUAGGAAACCGAAUAACGAAGCAAAAUUGAUUGAAGAAAUCACUAAUGAUGUUUUGGAUAAACUAAUGAAGUUAACACCAUCGAAAGAUUUUGAUGAAUUUUUUGGCAUCGAAGAUCAUAUCAAAGAGCUGAGUUUAUUAUUGUGCUUGGAAUCUGAGGAAGUGAGAAUGGUUGGGAUAUGGGGUCCUACGGGGAUUGGUAAGACAACCAUUGCAAGAGCUUUAUUUAAUCGAAUCUACCGUCACUUCCAAGGUAGGGUUUUUAUAGACAGAGCUUUUAUAUCUAAGAGUAUGGCUAUUUAUAGUAGAGCAAACUCGGACGACUAUAACUUGAAGUUGCAUUUGCAAGAAAAGUUGUUGUCUAAACUUUUAGACAAAAAAAACUUGGAGAUAAAUCACCUAGAUGCUGUGAAAGAGAGGCUAAGGCAAAUGAAAGUUCUUAUCUUUAUUGAUGAUUUGGAUGAUCAAGUGGUGCUAGAAGCCUUAGCCUGUCAAACUCAGUGGUUUGGGCAUGGAAGUAGAAUCAUUGUGAUUACAAAAGAUAAGCAUCUCUUAAGGGCUUAUGGGAUUGAUCAUAUAUAUGAGGUUCUUCUCCCGUCGAAAGACCUUGCUAUUAAGAUGUUUUGUCGAUCUGCUUUUAGGAAAGACUCUCCACCCAAUGGUUUUAUAGAACUUGCUUAUGAUGUUGUAAAACGUGCAGGUAGUCUUCCUUUGGGUCUUAACAUUUUAGGUUCGUAUUUACGGGGUAGGAGUAAGGAGGAUUGGAUAGAUAUGAUGCCGGGGCUUCGUAAUAAACUAGACGGGAAAAUUCAGAAAACACUUAGAGUCAGCUACGACGGGUUGGCUAGCGAAGACGAUCAAGCGAUAUUUCGUCAUAUUGCAUGUAUUUUUAAUUUUGAGGCAUGCAGUGACAUCAAGAAACUGCUUGAAGAUAGUGGCUUGAAUGUCACUAAUGGGCUUAUAAACCUUGUCGAUAAGUCCCUCAUACGUAUAGAACCAAAGCAGAAAACUGUGGAGAUGCAUUGUUUGUUACAAGAAACGGCUAGAGAAAUUAUUCGUGCACAGUCUUUUGAUGAUCCUGGAAAACGAGAAUUCCUUGUGGAUGGGAAGGAUAUUGCUGAUGUCCUAGAUAAUUGCAGUGGUACAAGAAAAGUCUUAGGUAUAUCAUUGGAUAUGGAUGAGAUUGAAGAGUUGCAUCUACAAGUAGACGCCUUCAAAAAGAUGCUUAAUCUCCGUUUUCUAAAACUUUACACAAAUACAAAUAUAUCAGAAAAAGAAGACAAAUUGCUCUUACCUAAAGAAUUCAACUAUUUACCCAAUACACUCAGAUUACUAAGUUGGCAAAGGUUUCCAAUGAGAUGUAUGCCUUCUGAUUUUUUUCCUAAAUAUCUUGUUAAACUUCUAAUGCCGGGGAGCAAGCUCGAGAAGCUGUGGGACGGAGUAAUGCCGCUUCAAUGCCUCAAGAAUAUGAAUUUGUUUGGAUCUGAAAACCUUAAAGAAUUCCCAAAUCUCUCGCUAGCAACAAACCUAGAGACAUUGUCUCUUGGCUUUUGCUUGAGUUUGGUUGAGGUUCCUUCCACUAUUGGGAAUCUCAAUAAACUUACGUAUUUGAACAUGUCAGGAUGCCAUAAUUUGGAGAAAUUUCCGGCUGAUGUCAACCUCAAAUCUCUCUCUGACCUCGUUCUCAAUGGAUGCUCACGUUUGAAGAUUUUUCCCGCUAUAUCAAGCAACAUCUCAGAGCUAUGCCUAAACAGUUUAGCAGUUGAGGAAUUCCCAUCCAACUUGCAUCUAGAGAAUCUUGUUUAUCUUUUAAUUUGGGGAAUGACGAGUGUCAAGUUGUGGGAUGGCGUGAAGGUGCUUACAUCCCUUAAAACUAUGCAUUUGCGAGAUUCUAAAAACCUGAAAGAAAUCCCAGAUCUUUCAAUGGCAUCGAAUCUUCUGAUACUAAAUCUUGAACAAUGCAUAAGUAUUGUGGAGCUUCCUUCCUCUAUUAGAAAUCUCCAUAACUUGAUAGAGUUGGACAUGUCAGGAUGCACAAACCUGGAGACUUUUCCAACUGGCAUCAACCUUCAAUCUCUAAAACGCAUAAAUCUAGCUAGAUGCUCACGGUUAAAGAUUUUUCCGGAUAUCUCAACCAACAUCUCAGAGCUUGAUCUAAGCCAAACAGCGAUUGAAGAAGUUCCUUUGUGGAUCGAGAACUUCUCUAAGCUCAAAUACUUAAUAAUGGGAAAAUGUAACAUGUUGGAAUAUGUAUUCCUAAACAUUUCCAAACUGAAACAUCUCAAGAGCGUUGACUUUUCAGACUGUGGGAUAUUGUCUAAAGCAGACAUGUACAUGCUACAAGUACCCAAUGAAGCUUCCUCUUCACUUCCAAUUAAUUGUGUCCAAAAAGCUGAGCUUAUAUUCAUCAACUGCUACAAGCUGAAUCAAAAAGCUCUCAUUCGCCAACAAUUUUUUCUGAAGAAAAUGAUUUUGCCAGGUGAAGAAGUGCCUUUUUAUUUCACUCACCAAACAAUAGGAAGCUCUAUUGGUAUCCCUCUACUUCACAUAUUACUUUCUCAACAAUACUUCAGAUUUAAGGCUUGUGUUGUGGUUGAUCCCAAGUUUGUGUUCCCAGCUCGUCGUUAUCACGUAAACAUCCAGGUUUCUUGUCGAUUCAAAGGCAUAUAUGGGAACUACUUUGAUUAUGCUGAUCAGCCACAUUGCUUCUCACCAUCUCAGACGGACAAUUAUGUGUAUGUAUUUGAUUGUUGUUUCCCUCUUAACAAAGACAAUGCUCCUCUAGCUGAACUCGACUAUGAUCAUGUGGAUAUAGAAUUUCAUCUUGAUGAUAACUACAAUCACCACAAAAUAAAAGGAUGCGGUAUACGACUCUCUGAGGAUGAUGAAAGCAGUGACGAUGAUGAUGACCUAAGCAGUGAAACUGAUUAUAGUGAUGAGUGUGAAGAUAGCGAUGAUAGUGAUCUUGGAAAUGAAAUUGAUUACAGUGAAGACUAUGAAGACCGCGAUACUAGUGAUCUUGGAAAUGAAACUGAUUACAGUGAAGAGUAUGAAGACCAUGAUAGUAGUGAUCUUGGCAAUGAGUAUGACUAUAAUGAAGAGUGUGAAGAAAAUGAUGAUAAUGAUCUUGUACUUGAGACUGAUCACAAUGAAGAGUGUCAAGACAACGAUGUGGAGAAGAAGAGAAGUAGUAAGCGAAUGCGGAUUAUGUGAAAAAAAGACAAGUACCUAUAGAUUUGCUCUAUAAUAAAACAUCAAGGGUCUUAGGUAAUUCAAAAAUACCAAGGA